GCGGAGUUCUGGGGGGGAGGCAUUGCAUGUCCUGGGUCCCCUAGGGUGUUGGGGGGCUGCUCCUUGGCCUAGGCCCAGCCCUGGGUGUGAGGGGGUUGUACAGUGCACUUCUUUUUGCAGGUCUCCCAGUGUACUCCCCACUCGGGGGUGGCUCUGUGCCCCCUCCCUAGGGUCUGGCAGAGACCCUCCCUCAUUGUUUUCUGCCUGGGUGCCCCAGGGGCGCUGCCUCCCCAAGUCCCUGUCUGGGGUGACCAGGGGAGCCCCUUUGUGCUCCGUUCCAGGGAUUCCCUCCCACCCUGGGGUUUUGCAGUCCUGGGGACUGGGCACCAGCCCCACGGGAACAGGGCCUAUUUGCCCCCCACCCGGGAACUGGUCACAGCCUGACAUUUAGGAGCCAAUCCUCCCUUUAGACUGUCUCGUGUCACUCCCUGGGGUUUCUGGGCACCUGCAGGUGAAGGGCAGGGCCAGUCCUGAUGGGGGGCACAAUCAGAUCAGAGUGACCUGUGGAGACCAUGGGGUAUCUGCGACACAAUGACAGAUUCAGAAGAGGAGUCCUUUGUUCGUCUGCCUGAUGAGCUCACACUGGAGAACAGCUCCCCCAAGAUGACACCCGAACUCCUGCAGCAGGAGAUUGAGAAGUACAAGGAACGCUGUCAGGCGCUGGAACAAGACCAGCUAGAGCUGGGGAUGGCGAAGGAAGCCGCUGAGCAGAAGAGACAAUUUGUCCAGAGAGAAGCCGAACACCUUCGUGGGAAACUGGAGAAAGAGAAAUCUCCGAGCAGGGAGCUGGAGCCUUCCUACCAGGAACUUUGCCUGGCAAAGGCGGAAAGGGACAAGUUGCUUCAGGAAAAGCAGAAGCUCGAAAAGGAGCUGGAGGAGAGGAGAGUGGCUUGGGAGGAGCAAGCUAAGGCACCGCCCUGCCUGCCGGACAGAGAGAUGUUGUUUAAGGGACACGUGACGGAGGCCGAGGACGUGAACGCACUGGUGGUCGCCCCUCGGAUCCAGCGUGCACUACCUGGGGGCUCUGCCCUCCUCACCUUCGAGGAGCCAGAGGUUGCCCAGAGGAUCCUAGAGAUCAAGCAGCACGAGGUGAAGCUGGAUGAGAGUGCAGGGUGCGAGGGCCGGGUGCGAGUGCAGGCUGAGCCGAUGGAGCUGCUGCUGCCCUCAGCCCUGGAGAUUGAGCUGAAGCUGAGUGACAGGUGCAUCCUGCUGUCCAGCCUCCCCUGCCUGGAUCUCUCUGAGGAGCAGCUGCUGGACAAGCUGGAGCUGUUCUUCAGCAAGAAGAAGAAUGGGGGCGGUGAGGUGGAGCAGCGGGAGCUCCUGAGUGAUUCUGGGCACGUUGUGCUGACCUUUGUGCAAGAUGGAGUGGCAGAGCAGCUAAUGAAGAAAGGACGCAUCCAAGUCCCCAUUGGGAAGCAGACGUACGAACUCAAAGUGACGCCCUACAUGAGUGGACAGAUCACAGACCUUCAGGUCCGUCCGUCCGUCUGUGCCAAGACCGUGCUCCUGUCGGGGAUCCCGGACAUCUUGGAGGAGGAGGCCAUGAGGGACGCCCUGGAGAUUCACUUCCAGAAGCCCAGCCGAGGCGGGGGCGAGGUGGAUGCCCUGGGAUACGUGCCAGUGGGGGGGCAGGCACUUGCUGUUUUUGAGGAGGACACGGACUGAAGCUCCUCCGGGGACAUUAACCUGAACACGAGACAGUUGGCGCCCAGAGACUGGGCCUGAGCCCAUGUAUGUGCUCCGUGUAGAUUAAUCAGGCUCUGAUUGGAAUUAAAGUGUUCGGGAGCUGCUC